AGACUUACUUUCAUGAGUUUGGUCACGUCAUGCAUCAGAUCUGUGCCAAGGCAGACUUUGCAAUGUUCAGUGGUACCCACGUGGAACGUGACUUUGUUGAAGCUCCAUCUCAGAUGUUGGAGAACUGGUGUUGGGAGAAGGAGCCAUUGUCCCGGAUGUCCUCUCACUACAAAGAUAACAGUGCUCUUCCAGAGGAACUGCUCGGCAAACUCCUCCAAAGUCGCAUUGCUAACACAGGUGUUUUCAACCUUCGCCGAAUCUUGUUCGGCACCUUUGACCAGACUAUUCAUACACAGGCAGAGGCUGAUACAGCUACAUUUUUUGCCAGUCUUUCCAAGGAAAUUCUAGGUAUUGAGUCAAUAGCUGGAACUAAUAUUGCUGCCUCAUUUGGUCAUCUGGCAUGGGGAUACGAUGCUCAGUACUAUGGAUACUUGUGGAGCGAGGUUUUCUGCAUGGAUAUGUUCUACUCACGGUUCAGGAAGGAGGGUAUCAUGAGCCCCAAGGUUGGAGGUGACUACAAGAAAUAUAUUCUACGCCCUGGUGGCUCCAUUGAUGCUGCUGACAUGCUGCGGAACUUCCUUGGACGUGACCCCACACAGGAGGCCUUUCUUAUCAGUAAGGGUCUUCAGUCCACUUCAAAUCUCUAAGCUGUCCUCGCUGACAUAAAUAGAAAUCAGAAAAUCCUUAUUUUAGAAUAUUUACAGAUAUGUAUUUAUAAUAACGAUGCAGAAACCGAUUUUACAAGUGAAUGAGAUCAUUUAUCUAUUCCCAGUGUUAUUUAUUUAUAUUCAAGUACCAGGUGUGAUGUGACCAAAUCAGUUUUGUUUCCCAAGUAUUUGUGGAUAAAACAUUUUGAAAGUUUUCUGAAAUUAUAAAAUGCUAAAUGCAUAAUUUUGUCUUAUUGUUCUAUAACUAGUGAAAUCCAUACGGGUGCAUUAUGUAAAUUUCUAAAUGUUAGAAUCUUAACUUUUUUCUCUAAUGGUAUGAAAGAAUCAUGAAAGCAAUCCCUAUCAAAAGAUACAGUAAUUAUAUAUCUAAGUCAAUAAUCAUGAUAUACUGAAAUCAGGUAUAUACAUGUAAUAUACCAGAAACUCACAUAUAUAAAGCAAAAGGAAUAACAGAAUGAAACUUUAAGCACUAGAAACUGUUAUAUUAACAG